GUUGAAAUUUGAAGAUAUGAAGUACAGUCCAGUCUUUUGAACACUACGCUCAAGAUCCAUUAUAUUACGACCGUCAUGAUCCACCUAAACGUUAGCCAUUAUCGUGGAAAAACUUUAUAAAACAGACCGCUUGGUUGAUUAACAAGUUAAUCAUAUUUUAAAUCAAAUAAAAAUUUUAGCAACUCAUAUGAAGCAAGCUACUACGGUUUUUAGAAGCAUUCUUCGAGAAUUGCGCCAAAUGAAUACCAUUUAUAGGUCUUUAAAAGAUAUUAGUCCUGCUCAAAAAACGGCGAUUGAAUCACUAAAAAUGUGGUUUCGUAAUGGUUCUGCCAGUGACCUGAAUAAGUCCAAAGAGUUGCUUUCCUUGCUUAGCUCUGGAAAUAAGCACGAACUAUUAUUUCAACAAUAUCAUCCAUUGGUUGGAAUGAGCGAGUUAGACAAAGCCAAAUUAGCUGCCAACAGAGUGGGUCUCCAAUUCUAAAUCAGAGUAUGAGGUUUGGGCAUAUAAAAGUGGUAUAUGCAUGGGCAGGAAGAGAAGUACUUUACUUAUUUUGGUGAGGUAUCGGAAACAAGUCUGAAGAUAUAUCAGAGGUUAAACUAGAAGAAGAAACUUUAUCUGAGAUGGGUCUUGCAACGGCAGAGUCCACACGCUGAGACACUGUUCUUACUCUACAAUGUUAAGGAUUUAUUUUGUUAUCUAUAUGCGAUUUAAUUCCACUGCUAUGGUGCUAGUUAAAUUGGAUUCCAUAAACAUAUUUAUAUAGUAAAGCGAACUACCGUUCCUUUGUUUAAUAUGCAUAAAAUUUAUUGAUUUUAAUAAUUAAAUAUACUUUUUUUAACUUUAAUAGAAUCUCCUUCUUUUUCUUAUAUA